UUUUUAGAGUAAAGAGGAGAACAUAGGCUUUAAGCAUAAUAGCAUUUGAUUGGCUUACUUUAUUAAAUGAGGUAUGCAGGCUAGGAUAUCUUAACAUAGUUAAGAGGGGUUGGUGCUUGUUAGGUAUCUGCUGGUGGCUCAAAUGAUACAGUUAGAAAUGAUUCUGUUUCUUAGGGAAGGCAGUUUCAACAUAAAUCCCAAAUGAUAAUGAGGAAGAUAGGAAAGAAAGAAAGAUGGCCCUUCUUUCAGUCUCUCUCCACCUAAACUUCAUGAUGUUCUCGAUUUUGGUAAGUUUUCAUUUCGCUUGUCUUGUAUUGUAAACACAUUGCUAUCUUCAUCUAGUUAGUGGUCCUCUUUAUGAACAUCCAGUAGGACAAGUCCCCUGCACAAAGUUAAAGCAAAUGGUUUUCACUCUCUUUGUCAUAAGAGUGGGAAGAAACUGUUGAAUAUUUCAUUUUUUGGACAGUUGACUAAGGGAAUGGUGGGCUGUUAAGUAUUCAAUUAGUUUAGUUUUAUUUGUAGUUUCUUUGAUAUAUUUCUUGCAGUUACGUAGUUGAACUUAUUGGGGGUGUAAUCUGGUUUUAAUUCAUGGAUGGGAAUACCGGAUCUUAAUGAUAUUUUAGUAGCAGUUAGCUUCAUGUUAGUGGAUAAGUGAACGAUGAAUAUAGAUAAUUCAGUGGGCAAUUAUAUAUCCAAUUUAUUUGUUGUGUGAAAGCAAACAAGAAACAAAGACAUAAUUUUGCAUGUUCACAUGCAACAGGACCAGAAAUAAUGAAAACAUGCCCUCCCAGAAACUCUAAUUUUCCAGGAUCAUAGCUAGGUAUUGGGCUAAUCUGUUGGACCCUCAGUAGCACUUUAUUGAUAAAUCCAGAAGAUGGGGAAUUGAAAAGGUCAAGAAUGGGGGCCUGUGCUAGCCCAAAAUGGUUUCUCUAGGGAAAUGCAGCAUAUAAUUUGAUUAUUGAAGCAUAUUAGAGUUAGUCUGCUUGAUCCAAUUUAAUUAAUGAUUAUGCUGUUACAUUGAUGAGAAGCAUUUCAAAUAGCAACAUUUACAAAGUAGUUUAGAUUCCUUCAUCUUAUUCACAGCUAUGGGAUAAGUUCGUCCUAGACACGUUUCUAGAUAAUGUACUCUUUUCAUCUGGUUGUCAAUGCAUUGUGCACAGUGCUUGCCACAAUUCUAUCUUCUUCACACUAAUUACAGUAAAGUUCUUAGGUCAUCAUGAAAUUGAUAAUGCUUGUGCCCACUAAAAUGAGAACAAACAAAGAAAUUCGUGCCUUUUGUGUCAACUUUGGUCAUGCAAUUGUAGCAAAAGAAUAAAAAAUUAUCAAUUACACAAUUGCUGCCCUGAAAGUGUUAUCAAGAGAAUGAUUCAAGAUGAGGCUUGUCAGAAUCAGAUUUUUGGGAUUCACGAUGAGCCUUAUCAGAAUCAGAUUUUUGGUCAAUGGGAAUUUUAUACAUAAUACGUUCCACAUGCCAAAUGUGUCUUCUCAUGCUUCAGAAUAGUCAGACAACCAUUGAUUAUCAAUGUCUCCCACCAUUUAUAGGCUCUUGUUUGUGUAGAUCCUAGAACAUAGGUCAAAAAUACUAGAUAUGAAUGGCUUAAGCAUUUUUUCUACAGAAAAAAUCAUAGAAUCUUUAUGUCCUGAAGUGAGAAACUAUUAAUAUAGUUUCUAUCAUAUGAAAAAGAAACAACACUGCAGUGUUCGGCAAAUGGGAGCUGGUUCUGCUGCUUGAAAUUUAAAACUACGAAGGUUGUGAGAUCAGAUAAAGAAAAACAAACUUAUUUAUUUACUUUCAAAACUAGAAAGGUGGAAAUUACCUCUUUAUUGAGUUAAUCAUAGCUAAAGAAAACCUGAUUUUUCAUGUAUGCUAAUAUGAGUCAGAAGUGCACGUGCCAGUUUGUUUUUUGGGUGACAUUUCUUUGUACAAAAACAGAAUGAUGCACUUGUUGGAUCGAUUUUUUUGCUGUGUUUUACAUAUAACUAAUUAAAAUAAGUGAAGAAGAAAGAUGAAAGUAAUUUUUCUCAUUUAUUGACUAGCUAAAGGGAGUAUCUGUCAUAUUACUGUCAGAUUGAUCAGCAUCACAACUAGAUGAAGGCGUUAUUUGUUUAUGUUCAUUAAUGCUUUCAGAACCAGUGCAUAAAUACUUGAGGAAAACUUUAGUUAGGAAUAUCGUCAAUGCGUGUGAUGAUAAUAUAUAUCAGUUAGCUUUGGAUAAAUGUACAUCAAAUAGAAAAUAAAGAAAAGACAUAAGUCAUACAAUGAACACCUAUGAGAUGUUUUCCAUCUCAUUAUUCGAAUAAAGUUGGAAUCCAGGUCAUUGUGCAACAACCUAAUUGAUGUUCCUUUCAUACCUUUCACCACCUGAGGUUCACCAGAUUCAAGAGUCAUGGCGCACAAGGUUCGCCACAGAACUCCAUCUUUCAACUUUGUGAUGAUGAGAUGCUUAAGAACAGUUAGCUUUUUCUCUGUAUUUUAGAAGAACCACUUGUUGGACAAUGUCUUUUCAUAUAUACCGGCUACUUUUUGAUAAGAUAAUCAUUGGCAAUAAGCCAGCCAAUUCCUAUGAAGAUAUUGCCAUGUGCUGUAGUAGUCUUUGUAGAUGUGGACAAUUGGAGACUUUCAAACAAUCUGUCUGGCCUUUAAAUGAUUUAACUAACCAUCUUUAGUUUAGGAUAAUGAUGCUUAACACUGGGGUAGUUAGUACCAUGGCAUUCCGGGCACUCCUAUUAGGUUGUUGUUACUUGUUAGUAAUCUUAGGACAAUCAGAUAGGUCAAUACUUGAUACAAACCAAUGCCUUAACCAGUCUCUCUUUACUGCAGGAUCAAUCUGUAGAGCAAUUAUCUGUUGCAUAAGCUGAAUUGAAAAAAAAAUCCAUCUGUUACUUCAUUCUUUUGUAAUUAGUUAUAUUUUUAUUUAUUUAUCAAAGAAGCUACUGAUUCAACACUAUAUCUAUUGAGAAUAUGUUAACAAUUGUCCCUUGUUUUGGAUAUGUUGAAGUUGAACUUGUUUGGUCUUGGCUCUCUUGAUCAGUCAUUCUCUCAUUGAGCUUUAUCACAAAGAAAUACCCGUUUUUCUUCAUCUUUUCGAUUGGUCUGAGAGGAAAGAAAGAAGUAUCCCCAGGUAAUGUCGGGCGAUAUUUUUGAGUCUAUGGUUUCCCUUCUCCACACAACUUACCAAAUGAUAAUUUAUCAUCAGUUAUUUAUCUAUUCAUGAUACACCAGAGCUUAAUUAUUAAAAUGUACAGAGUUUUACUAAUGUAGCUUAAUUUCUAGACUCAAAAACUUAUUCUAAAACAAAAAGGAAGCAUUUACAAGCAUGGCAAAAUGAACAAAAUUCUGGAUAACCUUUCUCAGUCAAACUUUUAUGUUCAAAGUUUACACAAUUGAGUUCCCAUCAUUUUGAACAUUAUUGCUGACAGAAGUAUGAAACAAUAUAGAAGGUUCAAUAUCAAAAACAUCGGUCUGUCUUUGUCUUAGUAACUGUGGAAUUUGACUGAUUGAAUAUGGAUUUAUGAAUCACCAUAUAUAUAUGUGUGUGUGUGCUUUUCUACUUAACCAAUAAUUUGUUAACCUUAAAGCUGCUAAAGCCCCUUUCCGACAUGUUUUUAUCAUUUGUUCCAAUAAACUGAAGAAAUAAAAGAGAAAUUUGAUGUUUCACAACUUGUUUACUUUCAAAUGGUUAACUUCCAAAUUUGGUAUAUGAUGGUCACUAUAAUUGGUAUAUGAAGAAGUAGUAGGAUUUUGUAUAUAUGAUGGUCACCAUAUGUUGGUUGUAUCAGUAGUCUUGUUUCCUUGCAUCUCUGGUUAAUGGCAAUAUUGCAAUGGGUAAUAACAGAUACUAUUGUAAUCAAGUAUCUCUUAAUUAGAAUCCAACUUUUUUCUUAGUACUGAUAGUGAUCAUUACUUUGACAAAUAAUAAGAUCAUGUGGAUUGUGUUUAGCAUAAGUUAUUGGGGAAAAUCAUUAACUCACUUCAUGUUACCAUGAUUUAACAAGCCACACAGAGAUUCCACCGUCCCUUGAAAACCCUAGAAACUGCCUAAAAUCCAUGUCAGAUUGCCAAUCAUAGAAAAACCAUGGUGCCACUUAUGACCAUUUCUUCGGUAUCUUAUUACCUUUGAAAUAGUCCCUAUAGUAGGCAGUAUAAAUAGAUAUGUGGGCUUCUUGGUAGCCAUCAAUCCUCUUUUAUUGAAGUCAGUCUGACUUGUUUGUCUUUAUCAACAUGGAUUUUGGACUGAAAUUGACAGUUUUCCUUACUUCGGCUUUUGUUUCAACUAUAUCAUCAGUGCAUCAUGUCCUGGGAAAUGAUGAUCUCGUUACCAACUUGCCUGGCCAGCCAGCUGUAGACUUCCACCAUUAUGCUGGCUAUGUCACUGUGAAUGAAAAGAAUGGAAGAACACUUUUUUAUUGGUUCUAUGAGGCUAUGUCUCACCCUGAUGACAAACCAUUGGUGCUGUGGCUUAAUGGAGGUCCUGGGUGCUCUUCUGUGGGUUAUGGAGCAACACAAGAGAUUGGUCCUUUUAUAGUGGACACUGAUGGGCAGGGAAUUAAAUUUAACAACUUCUCAUGGAAUAAAGAAGCCAAUAUGUUAUUCCUGGAAUCUCCGAUUGGAGUUGGAUUUUCGUACUCAAAUACUUCUACUGAUUAUGAUCAUCUAGGAGAUGAGUUUACCGCACAUGAUGCUUACACUUUCCUGCAUAAGUGGUUCCUGAAGUUUCCAUCAUAUAGAACACGAAACCUUUAUAUUGCUGGGGAAAGUUAUGCAGGGAAAUAUGUGCCAGAGCUGGCUGAGCUCGUCCAUGACAAUAAUAAGGAUCCUUCACUUCAUAUUGAGCUCAAGGGUAUUUUGUUAGGUAAUCCUGAAACAUAUGAUGCUGAGGAUUGGAGAGGUCUGGUGGAUUAUGCUUGGAGCCAUGCUGUGGUAUCUGAUGAAACUCACAAAAUAAUCAGUGAAAGCUGUGAUUUUAACAGCAAUGAUACAUGGGGAAAUGAAGAUUGUUGUAAAGCUGUGGAUGAAGUACUUAAACAGUAUAAGGAGAUUGAUAUCUUCAGCCUAUACACCCCAGUGUGCAUUGGUGAUACUGCAGGUUCAGAUCACAAAUCAUUGCAAGUCAUGAUGAAGCGAACUUCCAAUAUGAUGCCAAGGAUUUUGGGUGGCUUUGAUCCCUGCCUUGAUGAUUAUGCCAAAGCUUUCUACAAUAGACUGGAUGUUCAAAAGGCUCUCCAUGUUAGUGAUGGUCACUAUCUCAGGAACUGGAGCAUCUGCAAUAAAAAGAUAUUUGAUGAUUGGGCAGAUUCAAAGCCAUCAGUUCUUCCUAUAUACAAAAAGCUUAUUGUAGCAGGAGUUAGAAUUUGGGUCUACAGUGGAGACACGGAUGGAAGAGUUCCUGUUCUGUCCACGCGAUACAGCAUAAAUACUUUGGGACUGCCCAUCACUAAGGCAUGGAGACCAUGGUACCAUAAGAAACAGGUCAGCGGUUGGUUUCAAGAAUACAAAGGACUAACCUUUGCUACAUUUAGAGGAGCCGGCCAUGCAGUACCGUGCUUCAAACCAAGCAGUUCACUUGCUUUCUUCUCAGCUUUUCUCCUUGGUGAAUCCCCACCUUCCUCCCGAUAGAGCCUCAAGGUUUUGGUCUUAGCACUAUAUAUAGUAGCAGAAAACAGUAAAAGUAGAAAAAUAACAAGUUCUAGGAGUGUUUUUCCCAACAAAAAUAGUCAUUUCAAGUCUUUUAUGUGCAUGGGAGAUGAGCUAGGCUACUACAAAUAGCAAGGCAAAUGAACAGGAAUCCCUGUUUCUGUUGUAUAUGCGACCAGCUAUGAGGCAUUCCCUUUUCUUUUUGGCUGAAUAAUUAAUAAUAAGUUGUCACUCUUUGCCCUGGAUGGUGUUUAUCUAAUAAAAGAAGGACAAGAAUUGCUGUCAAAUUACCAUUUUUGUUUGUGUGAGGUUUCUUUUGUCCAAUCUAGCUGGUU